AUGGACCAUCAACAGAGCAAGGGUCCCAGCACCCAAAGACGUAAAUAUGGCAUGACUUUGCUCCUCCUUUCUUCGUUGGCAUCAGGAUGUGACAGCUUUGUCCAACAACAACAACAACCGCAGCAACCACAACAACUUGCAUCAUCGCCCUCGUUGACUCAGCUCAAUACAGCACCAGCAUUACCGGAUCUCAGCGAAGUAUUGGAUGUUGAAUCAUCGUGCGUCGAAGAAGCUACCAAGGAGUUCCUUGAUUCAUCUACCGAAAUGCCACUGACUGUGAAUGGAGGCAGCGAAGUAUCCUCCUUUGCCCCACCAUUGAGUUACGACAAAUACUUGACCAUGCAGAGCAAGCGCGUUGCCGUCUCGGUUCGAUAUUCCGAAAAAUCAGGCCUUCGCCCCUAUUAUUUGACAGUCGCAAAGAGAAUCAAAGAGGCAUUCCCAGAUGUAGUUUUGGACAAGGUCCUCCUUCCAAGAGUGGAAGUCAAUGAACAUUCCAAUAGCCACGAAGGAUGCACCUUUCAAGUUCUGGUCGAUGGAAAGAUUGUCGUUCGAUCGCCCAGUCGCAAGGGAUUGGUUGGAGAAUACAUUCAAGUCUUUGUCAAUAUGCAAGAGAUCGAAAUUGCCAUAAGCCGGGCCCGCAAGAGACGGCGGCCGCAGACUGUCUAUGGGGAAGACGAUAGCAAUGCCCGAUUGGAAGUGUUGAGGAACAAGGCUAGGGGCGGAAAGGAGCAAUCCGAGUAA